CUGUAGUUCACAAAUAGCUUUUCCACUUAGCUAACUCGAGCUCGCGGAACUUCAACUUGUUUGUCGCUCUGUGGAAACGAUGUCACUUCCUCUUCUCGAGACAAUCACGGAAGCUGGUGCAAUGUCAUUUUUUUUAGGAUAAAUUAUCACGGGCGAAAUUCAGAACAGUGGGACAGAGCAGAUUUCGGGGUAAUAAUGGAGGUAAGAUGCGUAUAAAGUUUCGCAGUGGGGAAUCACGCGUGGUCGGCAUAUUCACUACGUGUACAGAUGGGAUUGCACAAGUGUCCACAAUCUUUGGUUUUCCAACACACAAUGAACACUCGCUCAGCCCGACAUCAAUUCCGAUAUAACGUUAGCUUACAGUUUCCUAGUUUGUCACUAGAGCUGCAGUUCGCUUCUGAUUCUUUAAAAGUCCUUGAAGCCUUAGACGAACUUGUUAGUGAGCUUCACGUGGCCUUGUUUCAAAAGCUGAGAACGCUUGCUAGUAAAACCAAGAGCUCAACACAGGAAAAGUGCAGUCAUGAUCCCUUUCUUACCAUAUUCCGACUGUUCAAAUAAACCUGCGACAAUGGCUAUUUACCAAAAUUAAUGUUGACGAUUGGCUUUACCAAAUAUUUGAAAUUGAGUUACUAGUGGUCUGGGAUAUUCUGCCUCCAGAGAAUAAACUGUUAAAAUGAUUUCAUUUGGUUUACUAGGCCAUUGGGAUGAACCAUUUGAGAAAAAUGGGGUCCUCGGGGGGGAGAGAAGUCUGUGCGAUUUGUUUACUUAUUUCAAUUAGAGAGUGGUUGUAUACAGACUUGAGUCAGCCAUAUGAUUAUCUACACAAGAACGUUGAUUGUUACAUGAUGACAAAUCUUUGAACUAAAACAACUGUGAAAGCAAAAGUCCGAAAUCCCAGACUAUUCCCAACCAUUCCCCACACAGGAACCCGACCCACGGUGAUUGAUUCCAAUCCAAAUCCACAGUUCAGGAUCCAUUGAGCAGCCUUGUUCGAGCGCAGAGCAGCUGUGAAAAAGAACCAGACGAGCUCAAUUCUGAAAUGCCUCAGGACACAUCAAAAUACGGUUAUUUGCGGUACUCCAUAUAACUUGUAAUAUUACCCAUCUGUUAACAUGAGUUUCUGUUUUUUGUCGGGUGUAGUAUGAUUCGGUACCACACAGCCUUGCGUCAGCUAGGAUAGCCACGCGAAUUAGUCAAGAGACAGGUUAUUUUUGGUGUGAGUGAGAGCGCUGGGGUGCAUUACAAUAAUUAUUUGGCCAUAUGAGCUUAGCUAACAACUGCUUCGUUUCAUAUCAUCAAGUCGCUAAAUCCUGCAUAUUUCAUGACAGAUCUGAAUUCAUUGUGUGUAGCCUCGAGUUGGAUUUUUUGGGGGGGGUUAUACAUUUUGUGGUACUGAAACAAAGACAGUGGUACAGACGUUUUAGAUUAUAGAUUUAUUCCGUAUAUCAACCAAUUGCAUUGAUUUAAUGUCAUACGAGGCGCCAUUAGAUAAUGGACCUGAAUUUUUAUUCCGAUCUAACGGAUGGGACUGGGCCACACGGAGAUCCAGAAUUCCUGGACCCUGGGUCUUUCAAUGGAUAUGACAAUAAGUUCCCUGAAGGCAAUAAUAACUACCUGACCAUCAGCGGGGCGGGCCAUCCGUUCCUCUCAUCCUCUGAGACGUUCCACACCCCUAGUCUGGGAGAUGAGGAGUUCGAGAUCCCCCCUAUCUCCCUGGAUCCAGACCAGGCGCUCAUCGUGUCCGAUGUGGUGGCCCAUUUCGGAGCGCUAUCGGAUGGAGAGCGCAGUGGCUUGUCCACCCCCGGGAACGUUGUGGUCGGGGGAGACGAUCCGUCCUUCGCCUCCACCUUUGUGAAUCCCCACCCGGGGUCUCAGGGACUGGACCACCACCUGAGUCUGGGGGUCAUCAGUCAGCCAGGUGGAGGAGGAGCUAUUCUGGGGUCUGCUCUGAGCAUGGAUCUGGGCCACCCUGUUGGCUCCCAGUUCAGCAGCUCCUCCCCCAUGACCAUAGACGUCCCGCUGAGUGACAUGGACCACAGCCUGCUGGGCCACAACCAGCUGAUCACCAUCGACCAAUCGGAGCUCAGCGCCCAGCUGGGGCUCAGCCUAGGGGGCGGGGCCAACCUGGCGAGGUCGCAGUCACCUGACCAACCACUGUCGGCCGCUGCUUCGCCGGCCGGCUCGCUACAGGACGACGACAUGGACGACUUCAGACAGAGUGUGCUGGUGGAGUCCCCUAUCUCUCUCGGUGUCAUCUCCCUCGAGCCCCCUCUCUCUGACUCCCCCAUUCCUUCCUUUGCUCCGUCCUCCAGCACCCCUCCUACCCUCGUCCGGAGAAGGGCAGCGGCCGGAGGAGGGAAGAAAGGGAAGAAAAAGAAAGACCCUAACGAGCCCCAGAAGCCUGUGUCGGCCUACGCUCUGUUCUUCAGGGACACGCAGGCAGCCAUUAAGGGCCAGAAUCCCAGCGCCACCUUCGGAGAGGUGUCCAAGAUAGUGGCCUCCAUGUGGGAUAGCCUGGGGGAGGAGCAGAAGCAGGUGUACAAGAGGAAGACGGAAGCAGCUAAGAAGGAGUAUCUCGAGGCUCUGGAAGCCUACAGAGAUCAUCAGCUUUCUCAGCCGACCAUUGAGGUUCUGGACACUUCCCCGUCACCUCCCUCUUCUCCUCCCGUUGCCCCACUCCCCGCCCCUGCUCCCCGUUCCACCCGUUCCUCCGUCCCCCACCUCGCCCCUGAAGAGAACACCAUCACCAACAUCUGCACCUCCAACAUCAUCCUAGCAGGUGGAGACCUCCCUCAGGUCACCACCCGCUCCCGUACAGGGGUGCAAAAACCCCCCACUCCUACGCCCGCCCUGGCCCUAAACCCCCCCACCGUUACAAAAAUCAUCAUCAAGCAACAGACGUCGCCAUCAGGGGUAAUGGUGGUGUCAAGUAGUACGGUAUUGUCUACUCGGCAGCCGCCACCACUCCAACAGAUGCAGAACACCCCUCCUCCGCCCCGUCUCCAGCAGAUGGUACAUGCCCAGGCUCCACCGCCACUGCAGGCCAAACCAAGAGGCGGGGGUGCCAUGGCACCACCCCCUCUGCAGAUCAAGAUCGUCCCUCCCGCCUCAGAUUUGGACUCUCCCGUUAUCGGUACGGCGGCAGGGGGGUUAGCCGCGUUGGGGGGGGCCACUCCGACCUCGGGGGAGGUGGUACAGUCCGCUGCCUUAGUAACGGCCUGUUCGACGGAAGCCGAGGACGGGGCUGAAGGAGAGGAUGGGAUGCAGGUGGAGUUGAAUGUAUCUCCAGGGCCAGAUGUGACCCAGGCCUGCAGCCCUAACCUGUGUGUCCGAGCGGGCUGCACCAACCCAGCUGUAGAGAACAAGGACUGGGACAGGGAAUACUGCAGCAACAAGUGUGUGGCCACACACUGCAGGGAUGUGUUCAUGGCCUGGUGUGCGAUCCGAGGGCAGGACUCCACUGUCACGUAAGGAAUGGACAGAAGAGAGGAGUGAUAGAUGGACAGACUUCAAAGAGGAGUGAGAGGAGAGAAGAGUGAUAUUUGGACAUGAUAGGGAUUAGCCAGGACUAAAGAGAAAGGAGAGGGGAGUGAAGAAUGGAGAAGAGAAGAGAGGGACUUGCCUUUUUUCCACAACCAGACUUUGUCCUCAUAGAAUAAUCAAGCAGAAGACCAAUACUCCUGUGCUGAUACAUUAUGAAGUUUAAAUAAUAAGAUCAUUUUAUAUGAAAUGUUUUUAAGGUAAUAUGUAAUAUAACGCUACAGGCACCACUGGUAUGUCUCUUGCAUUUCAUAGCUCGUGCCAUAGAGUUGGACAAAGGGCACAUAUCUGCAAAUGGUGCUGUCCAUGCAAAAAUAGACUGUGUUAAUCUAUCUAACUCUACAGCUAAUGACGGUUUUUCUCCUGACCGUGUUAUCAGUGUUGUCGUUACAAGUGAUUUCAAGGUAUGUACAGUGCAUUCGGAAAGUAUUCAGACCCCUUGACUUUUUCCUCAUUUUGCUACGUUACAGCCUUAUUCUAAAAUUGAUUAAAUGAAAAAAAAUCUCCAUCAAUUUACACACCCCAUAAU